CCAGAGUCCGUGUCUCAGUUCUUUCUCUCAACGUGGAUCUCCAGCUGAAGGUCUCUGAACUCGUCUGUCUGGAACGUUCUACUCGUCAACUCCAGCUGUGGUUCUUUAGUUUCAGAGAGAGGGUCACCUCACUUCUAAAGGAGAGAAACCAGAGCUGAGUGUAUGAAGCUAACAGCAUCGGACUCAGACCAGAACCUGGAGACGUACAUUUAGAUGACGAGCUCAGUAAUGACCAAUCCCUGAGAAGCUCCUGUCUGAAAGAGACAAAAGAUGGAGACGCCUCAAGAAGUCGUCUUCAGAACUUUAAAAGACUUGGGAGCUGAGGACUUUGAUGUAUUUAAGUGGCACCUGCAGGGAGUCCUCACCGACUUCCCAGCAAUCCCAAAGAGUAAACUGGAGAAAGCCAACAGGCAGGAAACAGUGGAUAGGAUGUUCGAGACCCACAGUACAAAGGUUAUUGAUGUGACAAAAAUAGUUUUAGUGAAGAUGAAUCUAAAUGAUCUGGUGAAGAAGUUACUGCGUCAUGGAGAAGUCAACACCCCAGAAGGUGAAGAGAUUCGUGCUGCGUGUCAGCGAAAACUCAAAUCUAAGCUAGACAGGAAGUUCCAGCGUGUGUUUGAGGGGAUUGCUAAAGCAGGAAACCAAACCGUUCUGGAUCAGAUGUUCACAGAGAUCUACCUCAUGAAGGGAGGGGCUACAGGGGUCAAUGAUCAACAUGAGGUCAGACAGAUUGAAACAGCAUCCUGGAAACCAGACAGACCAGAAACAACAAUCAGACAAGAAGACAUCUUUAAAACCCCACCUGGAAGAGAUGAACCAAUCAGAGCAGUGAUGACAACGGGAGUGGCUGGCAUCGGGAAAACAGUCUUAACACAGAAGUUCACUCUGGACUGGGCUGAAGGCAAAGCCAACCAGGACAUCCAGUUCACAUUCCCCUUCACCUUCAGAGAGCUGAAUGUGCUGAAAGAGAGAAAGUUCAGCUUGGUAGAACUUGUUGAUUACUUCUUUAGUGAAACCAAAGAAGCAGGACUCUGCAGGUUUGAAGAGGUCCUGGUUCUCUUCAUCUUUGACGGUCUGGAUGAGUGUCGACCUCCUCUGGACUUCCUCAACACUGAGAUCCUGACCGAUGUUACAAAGUCCACCUCAGUGGGUGUGCUGCUGACAAACCUCAUCAGGGGGGAUCUGAUUCCCUCUGCUCGCCUCUGGAUAACCACACGACCUGCAGCAGCCAAUCAGAUCCCUCCUGGGUGUGUUGACAUUGUGACAGAGGUCAGAGGGUUCACUGACCCUCAGAAGGAGGAGUACUUCAGGAAGAGAUUCAGAGAUGAGAAGCAGGCCAGCAGAAUCAUCUCCCACAUCAAGAGAUCACGAAGCCUCCACAUCAUGUGCCACAUCCCAGUCUUCUGCUGGAUCACUGCUACAGUUCUGGAGGACGAGUUGAAGACAAGACCGGGAGGAGAGCUGCCCGAGACCCUUACUGAGAUGUACAUCCACUUCCUGGUGGUUCAGGCCAAACGGAAGAACGUCAAGUAUGAUGGAGGAGCUGAGACAGAUCGAACCUGGAGUCCAGAGAGCAGGAAGAUGAUGGAGUCUCUGGGAAAACUGGCUUUUGAGCAGCUGCAGAAAGGCAACCUAAUCUUCUAUGAAUCAGACCUGACAGAGUGUGGUAUCAAUAUCAGAGAAGCCUCAGUGGUCUCAGGAGUGUUCACACAGAUCUUUAAAGAGGAGAGAGGACUGUACCAGGACAAGGUGUUCUGCUUCGUCCAUCUGAGUGUUCAAGAGUUUCUGGCUGCUCUUCAUGUCCAUCUGACCUUCACCAACUCUGGAGUCAACCUGAUGGCAGGAAAACAAAAAACAUCCAAGCUGCCUAAAGUCUUUAGAGACAGACUAAAAAAUUCACACAAGAGAAAACAAACAUCAUCAACAGAGUUCUACCAGAGUGCUGUGGACAAGGCCUUGCAGAGUCCAAAUGGACACCUGGACUUGUUCCUCCGCUUUCUCCUGGGUCUUUCUCUGCAGACCAAUCAGAAUUUCCUACGGGGUCUGCUGACACAGACAGAAAGUAGCUCAGAGACGAAUCAGGAAACUGUGGAGUACAUCAAGAAGAAGAUGGAUGAGGAUCUCUCUGCAGAGAGAAGCAUCAACCUGUUCCACUGUCUGAAUGAACUGAAUGAUCGUUCUCUAGUGGAGCAGAUCCAACAGUCCCUGAGUUCAGGACGUCUCUCCACAGAUAAUCUGUCUCCUGCUCAGUGGUCAGCUCUGGUCUUCAUCUUACUGUCAUCAGAAGAAGAUCUGGACGUGUUUGACCUGAAGAAAUACUCUGCUUCAGAGGAGGCUCUUCUGAGGCUGCUGCCAGUGGUCAAAGCCUCCAACAAAGCUCUGUACGUGGGAUUUAUUCAUCAAUAAAUACUCUGCUAUCUUUUUAUAACAGGAGUUAAUAAUAAAUAACU